AUGUACACCGCGAUCAUCGAGUUUGUCGAGACUGAAUAUGUUCAAGGCCUUUGCGAAGGUGGUCAAGCAUUCCUUCGAAACAAGCUCGCUUUCACCAUCGCUCAUCUUUUCCUCAACGCCUAUCCCAUCACCAUCCCAACUUUCCUUCGUCCUCUUUUCGCCCUCUUGACUCCAACAUCUACCAAUUUCCAUCCUGCACUCCUCACCCUUCGUGUACUCACGGAAAUUGCACAGGAAGUGCACGACGUCACACUUCGAAGUGCUCGAAAGUUUUCUAAAGAUAGGCAACAGCGUGAUGGAGAGGUCAGGGAUGUCAUCAGAUCCAGUGGCGAUGAACGCUUAGCGAUGGAAGGUAUGUUGGGUCUGGUGGAAAAGGGAUUGGAUGCGCUGGAACAGGGUGGAGAAGCAAAGUGGUUGGACGUGGUGGAGACAGCUUUGAGAACGAUGGUUACCUGGACGCCCUGGGUGGACCUCGGGGUCAGCUUACAACCUAAAACCCUCUCCUUGUAUCAUCGACUGCUUCGUUCGAGCCACAUCUCCUUGCGGACCGCUUCAGCAAACAUCAUCAGAUCGCUCGCUGCCAAAGGUGUGCAGGAUCCUCAAGCGAGGUUAGAAGUAUUGAGAGUGCUUGAUAUUGUCUCAUUGGUGGAUCCGCUGGAAUCGGAAACGAGGGGAGUAAAAGAUAACGAGGAAGUGGUGGCUUUCCGUGCAGCUGUGGCAGGAAUUUUAUCUGCCUUCGGGACUGAGCUCAUCGCCUUCUCAGAAAAUGUAAGUCGCAAAGGUUCGGAUAGAGCUGACAGGAAAUAG